GAAGAGCGCGGGGAGAGGGCGCUGCUCGGCGGCUCGGCCGCCUUCAGCCCGCGUCCGCCGCCACCCGGCGCGUCCCCGCCGCCGCCGCCUGGAUCCCUGCACUCGGGUGCGCACGCUCGCUUGCCUGCUUCCUGCCGCCGCCGCCUGGGCCAUGGCGACUUGUUUUCGGCUGCGGAGCUGCCUGGCCCUGCACCUCCCGCGGACGCCUCCCAGCCGGGUCCUCCGCCCCCGCGCCGACUACCCGGUGGCCCGGAUUCGCGGCUACGCCCGGGGCCCGGCGGGCCUUUCUUCGGCCCUGCUGCGCACCGACGGCUUCGUUGGCGGCAGCUGGCUCUCGGCCGCCGCCACCUUCCCCGUGCACGACCCGGCCAGCGGCGCCGAGCUGGGCUUGGUGGCCGACUGCGGGGUACCCGAGGCCCGCGCCGCUGUGCGUGCCGCCUACGAGGCCUUCUGCAGCUGGAGGGGCGUCUCGGCCAAGGAGAGGAGUUCUUUACUUCGGAAAUGGUAUGACCUAAUGAUACAAAAUAAGGAUGACCUUGCCAAGAUAAUCACAGCUGAAAGUGGAAAGCCACUAAAGGAGGCACAGGGAGAAAUUCUCUAUUCUGCAAAUUUCCUGGAGUGGUUUUCAGAGGAAGCCCGCCGCGUUUAUGGAGACAUUAUCUACACCCCAGCAAAAGAAAAACGGGGCCUGGUCCUCAAGCAGCCCCUCGGUGUGGCCGCAGUCAUCACCCCAUGGAAUUUCCCCAGCGCCAUGAUCACGAGGAAGGUGGGGGCCGCCCUGGCAGCAGGCUGCACGGUGGUGGUGAAACCUGCCGAGGACACGCCCUUCUCUGCCCUGGCCUUGGCCGCGCUUGCAGACCAGGCUGGAAUUCCUCCGGGUGUAUACAACGUUAUUCCCUGCUCUCAAAAGAAGGCCAAGGAAGUAGGGGAAGCACUUUGCACGGAUCCCCUAGUGUCUAAAAUUUCCUUUACUGGUUCAACAGCCACCGGAAAGGUCCUGUUGCACCAUGCGGCAAACUCUGUGAAAAGGGUGUCCAUGGAGCUGGGCGGCCAUGCCCCAUUCAUCGUGUUCGACAGUGCCAAUGUUGACCAGGCUGUCGCUGGGGCCAUGGCAUCCAAAUUUAGGAACUCUGGACAGACUUGUGUUUGCUCAAACCGUUUCUUGGUGCAAAGGGGUAUCCAUGAUUCCUUUGUGAAAAAAUUUGCCGAGGCAAUUAAAACAAACCUGCAUGUGGGUAAUGGAUUUGAGGAGAGAACUACUCAAGGCCCGUUAAUUAAUGAGAAAGCUGUAGAAAAGGUAGAGAAACAUGUGAGUGAUGCCAUUUCCAAAGGGGCCACCGUUGUGACAGGCGGGAAGCGACAUCAAGUUGGAAAAAAUUUCUUCGAGCCCACCCUGCUCAGCAAUGUCACCCGAGACAUGCUCUGCUCUCAGGAAGAGACUUUUGGGCCUGUGGCACCCGUUAUCAAGUUUGAUACAGAGGAGGAGGCGGUGGCGAUCGCUAAUGUGGCCGACGUCGGGCUGGCAGGUUAUUUUUACUCUCAAGACCCAGCCCAGAUCUGGAGGGUGGCGGAGCGGCUAGAAGUCGGCAUGGUUGGCGUUAACGAAGGAUUGAUCUCCUCCGUGGAGUGCCCUUUCGGUGGGGUGAAGCAGUCCGGCCUUGGGCGAGAGGGCUCCAAGUAUGGCAUUGAUGAGUAUCUGGAGCUCAAGUACGUGUGCUUUGGAGGCUUAUAAGAUUCUUUAGUUCUUUAAAAAAUAAAAAAGGAAGUUUCCCUACAUGUAUGGGGACAUGCCAUCCAUUAUUUUAAAUAAGCCCAUAGGGUAUCUGACUUAGGAAUUUUUUAAAGCUCAUCCAAUCCUCAUAAUCUUAAGCAGAUGCAAAUCCUACUCCUCCCCUUACGUGACUAGGGACCAGUAUAUGCCAUGCGCCUGAGGCCGCAAACUCCCCGAGAACCAGCGUAGGGUUUAUAGAAUGAAGCCCUGGACCCCACCACGACCCCGUCUGCCUCAGAGCAAAGUGCAGCGUGAGGCCAGCCGGCCCCCGCAGCCCCAUGGUCACGGCUGGAUCCCUGCCUGGGCGAUGCCGCAGCCAGCACCCACACGGCUCCGGAGCUUAGACCCGGAGGGCUGCAGGGAAGCCCCCUGAGUGUGACUGACGGGCCGGUUGGGGUGGUGAAGCACCCCUGGCAACCUGCCAGCUCAGCACUAAAGACACUUGCUGGGUAUUCCGAGGUGUUGCUGCAGAGGCUGAACCAUUCAUUUUUUAAGACUUGAGAAACAGCACGGAAUUGCCUGUGUUUCUUUGACAUGAAGGAACCCCUCUCCCUUUUUCGACCGUUUUUUAAAUUGAAGUCUCCAUUGUCCUAAAUUAACUGCUUAAAGAUUCUGUUUUCAUUUCUGUGCUGUUUUCCACGUCCUGUUGUUUCCGUUAGGAAAUGAGCCUAAGCAUAAAGCACAGCACAGCAGCAGCAGCUUGGUGGGAUGGACGGCCCGCAAGUAAUGGCCUGGCUUUGUCCCCAUGGAUGUGCCGUUCAACCCCCCCCCCGCCCCCCCCCCCCAUCCCUCAGGAGAGUGGAGACUCUAUACAUGCCUUAUUUAGCUCCAUGGGCUAUUGUGAGCCUCAGAGAAAGUGAAAGUCUUUGCCAAAAAGUAAAAAUUCAGUGUAAGUGCAGGAGUCGUCAUUAUUACGAGCGGCACCUCCCAGCCCCACUUGGGUGUCCGGCAGUGGCUUUGCCAAGGUGAGCGGAGGUUGGUACCCACCUGCCCGGCACCUGAGCCUGAGUGAGGGCUUGUCACCUGCAGCCUCUGCUAUUUCUGUUCUUACGAAGUGCCGCUCCUUCACCUGCAAAAGAGCGAAAGCACUUUCACGACAGUAAUCCCAAAAGGAAAAAGAAUUUCCAUAAUUGCCAAUUGGAAGACGCAUGAGGUUUUGCCCUUCAGGCACCUUUUAUCCAAUAAGAGUUUUUAUAGUUCAUCAUUGAAAACAAAAACAAAAACAAAAAAACCCUAUGACCACUGUUUCCUGUCACUCUGAAAGGAAAACUCUGAUUAAAAACACACUAGGCUUUUCUGUAUCGUGUCUCCGUCUGUCCUGAUAUACAAGGAAAAGGAAUAAAAGCUGUUCCUGGUGGAAUAGACAAGGAUGAAGCACCUCCUUUUCCACUCUCUCCGUGUGCACACUUCGCUGACAUUCUGUGGAUAUUCUGGGGAGGAGAAGGAAAACAUGAAUGAAAGUAGUGCUAGAGGCAGGCACUCCUGGACCCAGCUGGGAUGUAGCGUCCCUCACUGAGCCAUGGGGAGCUGCAUAGCUAAAGGUCUGAGAUGUCCCUGUGCACAAAAGUACCACGGCCAGUCCUGGAGCUGCCUUGUGUUUGCCCUGGGUUACAUCAGCCAUCUCCCCUAAGGCCCAAUAAGGAAUGAGCUGAAACCCACCUCCUGGUAACAUGCAUUGCUCAGACCCUGUCCAGAAUCAUGUACGCAUCGUAUUGACAGUGAAUUUCUACUUUUUAGUUUUAGGGUUGUUUUAUGUAACACCCUAAUUACUUAAUAUUUGGGUGUGCCCAUCUGUUUUCUAUUAACGAUAAAAAUGCUCUAACACUAGUUUUUAGAAGUCUGGAAUACUGGUGCUUGAAAUGUUUGGAGGAAUACAUUCAAAUACAUUUGUAACUUUGUAAAUCAGUGAAUGUCUUGGCUGGGUGGCAGAUUUUGAGUUUUCUAGUAUAUUUGGCUCACCAGGUACAUAAAUUGAGGGCCAGACACUCAUUCCAAUAUCUUUGAUUAAUUUUGGAAUUAAAAUAGUUUGAAAAGGAAAUAGCUUACUGUUUAGUAAAAUUGUUCUGGGUUGUGGGGAAAACGGAGAAGUAUUUUUAAAUGAACAUUUUGGGGGUUAUUUUUCAAUAAGGUAACGAAAUGUGAUGGAUUUUUUAAAAAAUGUAUGUUAUAACAUGAAAUAGAAAAGGACCAUUAAACCAGGGGUUGGCUCACAGCCCAUAUCUGGCCUGCCAUCUGCUUUUGUACAACCCAGAGCUAAGUAUGGUUUUUAUAUUCCCAAAGGAGUGGUUGGGGGAAAAAAUCAAAAGAAUAGUAUUUCAUGACAUGUGAAAAUUUUGUGAAAUUCAGAUUUCAGUGUCCAGAAAUAAAAUUUUAUCGGAACCCAGCCACAUCCAUUCAUUUACCAUAUGAUCUAUGGCUACUUUCUUGGCAAAGUUGAGUAUCUGCAACACAGACAGUAUUGCCCACAAAGCCUAAAGUAUUUAUUCUUUGGCUUUUUACAGAAAUAAUUUGCCAACCCCUGAUCUAAACCAAGAGGGAGAUAUUGACCUUCCCCCGUUUAUGAGGCAUUAUAUCAUUUUAUUGAACACCUACUGUGUAAAAAGUACUUUUCUGGGCCUUGCUCCAGUGAAUUCUCACCAAGAACUUCCCAGCAAUUUUCACAUAACUCAUAUGAAAUUACCCAGAGAAUGGGAGUCUAUUGGCCUUGAAAAAACACUUCUCAAUUUACUUUCCCCAGCUAUGCAGGGAUUCUCAUUUAAAAAGCUCCUCUGUACCUAUUAUCUUUAUCCAUUUGAGUAGCUUUUAAAUACAAUUUUAUGUCAAGCGCUGGUUCAUCUACCUUUAUGGAAAGACUCAGUGAAAGUAAAGAUCAGAAGCACAAUGCAAAUAACUCUAUUUUAUUGUAAACUUGUAUCAUUAACUUUAAACUGUGCCACAUGACUGCCUUCUCGGAAGGCUGGAGCCCAGGGUUUUAACUGUUCACGAGCAGCUAUGGUAGAUAGCGUUUUACUUGAAUGAUAUUUAUGCUGUGAUUUUUUUCGUGCUGUAUUUUAUGGGAUAAAACUUGGGAAUAAGUGUAGUUGGAAGUGUGGAAAUAUUUUGUUUUUUAAACGUGCACAUAAUUCAUUUUUCCAGUUUUUGAUAAUUGCAUGUGUGUGUCAAUGUCUUGUCAGCAGAGUUGUGCGUGUGUAAUUAAUAAAGGUUGAAUUAACAGAAUUUCCUCUUUUUAUGUCAA